AUGUCAACCAGAAAAGUGCUCUUCAACAACCCGGCGCCCGAGGAAAUGCAAGUAGAUGUGCACGAUGCGGCCGUCUACGUCCUGAACGGCCCGCGUCGAGCAGCCAGGAAGCUGUCAGUGCCCGAAUACGUCGAAGAACCGCUGUUCGCGGACAGGGCUGAGGAAGCGGAAGAGGAGGAGGAAGAGGGAGAAGUCGACAUCGUUGAAGAGAAGGACGAUUUUGAGCAGAUUAGACUGGAAAGGCGUCGCACCCCGAUCUCGAGCCGUGUCACCUAUUCGUCGACGGCCCGCCGCUUCGCCCCCUACUCCAUCCAGAAGCGACACUACGGGUCGCGCUAUCGAUCGUAUGACACCGGGUCCAGGGACUCGUACCAAGCGCGUGGCUGGGAUGCGUGGAAUAAUGGCUCGUCUAAUCGCCCCUACGUUGCUGACCCGAAAAUGUCUGCCCGUUUCAAGCCAUGGUUGAAGUGUUGCGUGGCCACCUCCAGCCAUUCCCACAAGGGACGCGGAUUUCUGCCCACCUAUCGAGUCUACGAUUCUUCCAACGAUUUC